AUGGCCGCCGCUAGCAUCUCAGCUAGUCCUCAAUCCGUCGACGAACUGCUGCAAAGUCUAUAUCAAGAGCUAUGUAGCGUUAAUUGCGCCGACCGUGGGGCCAAAUUACAGUCCUUCUGCGAGAAGAUGUGGGACCGACUUCAGUAUAGCCCUCCCCCACCAGACACCUCUCUCGACGACUUUGUGACUUUGCUAAAAGACGAUCACGACGCUGUACUCGCUCAACUAGUCAUCUCAGACCUCCGACCGAAUGCCAAUAUUACUAGCAUCUCGAAUCCUGUCAAACAGACCAUUCUCCAACGCCUCAGGCUACACCAGCCUCUGUUUAGUUGUCGCCAAAUACCUCUACGAACCAACGACCCCGAUACGCACCGGCUAUACGCGGAAGAGAAGCAAAUACUCCAAGGAGCGGACUUGCGUCGAGCGUGCCUUUUAAUCUACGGUCGUGUCGACGUGAGCGAGACACAACGGGAGGAGCUCCUCAGAUGGCUCGACAGCUAUCCGCGCGAGCAUAGACAUGGUUAA